CGGGCGUGUGCUCUGAGGGCGGGCUCGCGCGGCUGGAGGGGCGGCUGCGGAGCGGCUGGUGGCGGCGAGGCUCGUCCCGGGGUCCUUCCCCUGCGGGGGCGCGAUGCGGCUGGGCUCCGGGGCCUUCGCCGCCUGCUGCGUGGUGAUCGAGGUGCUCGGGGUCGCGCUCUUCCUCCGGGGCUUCUUCCCGGCCCCGGUUCGCUCCUCUUCCAGGGCGGAGCAGCGGGCAGAGCCCGCGGCGCCUGAACCCUCGGCCGGAGCCAGUUCCAACUGGACCAAGCUCCCACCACCUCUCUUCAAAAAAGUUGUUAUUAUGCUAAUAGAUGGCUUGAGAGAUGAUUUUGUGUUCGGCUCCAAGGGUGUGAAAUUUAUGCCCUACACAACUUACCUUGUGGAAAAAGGAGCAUCUCACAGUUUUGUGGCCGAAGCAAAGCUGCCUACAGUUACGAUGCCUCGAAUCAAGGCAUUGAUGACAGGGAGCCUCCCCGGCUUCAUCGAUGUUGUCAGGAACCUCAAUUCCCCUGAACUGCUAGAAGACAACGUGAUUACACAGGCAAAAGCAGCUGGAAAAAGAAUUAUCUUUUAUGGAGAUGAAACAUGGGUAAAAUUAUUCCCAAAGCAUUUUGUGGAAUAUGAUGGAACAACUUCAUUUUUUGUGUCCGAUUAUACAGAGGUGGAUGAUAAUGUUACAAGGCAUUUGGAUAAAGUAUUAAAAAGAGGGGAUUGGGACAUGUUAAUCCUCCACUACCUCGGGCUGGACCACAUCGGCCACGUUUCUGGGCCUAGCAGUCCUCUGAUUGGGCAUAAACUCCGAGAGAUGGACAGCAUCCUGAUGAAGAUCCACACCUCACUGCUGUCUGAGGAGAGAGAAACUCUUGUACCCAAUUUGCUGGUUCUCUGUGGUGAUCACGGCAUGUCUGAAACUGGCGGUCAUGGGGCCUCUUCCAUGGAGGAGCUUAACACCGCCCUGAUCUUAAUCAGUUCUGCAUUUGAAAGAAAACCUGGUGACAUCAGACGUCCAAAGCACGUUCAGCAGACUGACUUGGCUGCAACCCUAGCAAUAGGGCUUGGCCUGCCGAUUCCAGGGAACAGUGUCGGCAGCCUCCUGUUCCCCACCGUGGAGGGGAGACCGGUGAGAGAACAGCUGAGGUUUUUACAUUUAAAUGCAGUGCAGCUCAGCAAAUUGUUGCAAGAGAAUGUGCCGUCAUACGAAAAAGAGCCUGGAUUUGAGCAGUUUAAAAUGUCAGAGAGGUUGCAUGGGAACUGGAUCAGACUGUACUUGGAGGAAAAUAACUCAGAAGUCCUUUUCAACCUGGGAGCCAAGGUUCGCAGGCAGUACUUGGAUGCCCUGAGGACCCUGAGCCUGUCCCUGAGCAGACAAGUGGCCCAGUACGACAUCUACUCCAUGCUGGUGGGGACUGUCGUGGUAUUGGAGGUUCUCUCCCUGCUCCUACUCAGCAUCCCGGAAGCACUGAGCAACAAGGCCGAACUGGAGGUUCCUCUGUGGUCGCCUGUGUUUUCUCUGCUGUUUUACUUGACGUUGCUGGUUCUUUCCGCUCUUCACGUCAUUGUGUGCACCUCGGCCGAGAGUUCCUGCUACUUCUGUGGCCUCUCGUGGCUGACAGCAGGCGGAGUGAUGGUGUUGGUCUCCGCACUGCUCUGUGCAGUGGUGUCUGCUCUUGCCAAGACCUUUGGUGAUGGAAAGUUCCUGAGCAAGAAUCCAGCUCAUCCAAAGCCACGAUGGUCGGAGUUAGAUGUUCUUAUCUUGUUGGGGACCAUGGGCCACGUGCUGAGUCUGGGUGCAAGCAGUUUCAUCGAGGAGGAGCACCAGACCUGGUAUUUCCUCAUUAACACCCUGUGUCUGGCUCUGUGUCACGAAAUCUACAGAAACUGCCUUCUGAGGGACGACAGUGAACCCCAGCAGUGCCCACACGUGGAGGAGGAAUUCAUCCGCACCGCAGCAGCAUUACAGGACAGGAGCACUGGCUGUGACACGUUAGAGCCCCACGGAGUGUCUAGAAGCCUCACUUCCCUUGACACUCUCAGAGGCUACGAGAAGUGGAUGGUGUUGGCAAGUCCAUGGGUGAUACUUACCUGCUGUCGGCUGCUGCGGUCCCUAAACCAGACGGGUGUGCAGUGGGCCCACCGGCCUGACCUGGGGCACUGGCUCACCAGUUCGGAUCACAAAGCUGAACUCUCUGUUUUGACCGCCCUUUCGCUCAUCGUGAUUUUUGCACUGGUUCAGAGGAAGUGCUCCCUGACGUCAAAAGUAGCCCUGGCGCUUGGCCUGCUGGGCGUCUAUUGCUACCGGGCGGCCAUUGGGAAUGUCCUGUUCCCAUGGCAACGAGACAGCAAAGACAUUUCAAAGGGUGUUAUUGAAGCUCGUUUUGUUCAUGUCUUUGUCCUUGGCAUUCUGUUCACGGGCACCAAAGACUUGCUUAAAUCUCAAGUCAUUGCUACAGACGUCACAAUCAAGACUGUGGGUUUAUGGGAGAUAUAUAGUGGAUUAGUUCUUCUGGCCGCUUUGCUUUUUAGACCACAUAAUCUGCCAGUCUUAGUGUUUAGCCUCUUGAUUCAAACUAUAAUGACUAAAUUCAUCUGGAAGCCCCUGAGGCAUGAUGCAGCUGAGAUCACUAUAAUGCAUUAUUGGUUCGGUCAAGCAUUCUUCUAUUUCCAGGGAAACUCCAACAAUAUAGCCACAGUGGACAUCUCGGCGGGCUUCGUGGGCCUGGACACCUACAUAGAAGUCCCAGCUGUGUUCCUGACAGCGUUUGCCACGUUUGCAGGGCCCGUGCUGUGGGCCAGCCACUUAGUGAGCUUCCUGAGCUCGGAAACCAGCAGCGGCUCUGCACUGAGUCAUGCUUGCUUCUGCUAUGCACUGAUCUGUUCUUUUCCAGUCUCUGCAUAUAUCAUUUUGGUGACGUCCCUGCGUUACCAUUUAUUUAUAUGGAGCGUGUUUUCUCCAAAACUUCUUUAUGAGGGAAUGCACAUCCUCAUCACAGCUGCCAUCUGUGUAUUCUUCACAGCCAUGGAUCAAACCAACACAAAGUCUUAGACACUGGAAAAACAAUAUAUUUUUAAGUCUACUAUUCACUUCAUGCAUUUGAGUAAUGGGGGAAAAAAUCUGUUUAAAUGCAAGGACAUUCUAAAGAAAAAUUGUGGAUUCUACAAAGUUGAAGAAUAGCUUUCACUGCUGUACUUGAAUUUAGAUUAAAUAGUGAUUUAAAAGAUCACUUUAAAAUAUUUAGUUUGAGGGACACCUCAGUGGCUCAGUGGUUGAGCUUCUGUCUUUGGCUCAGAGCGUGACCCCGGGGUCCCAGGAUCGAGUCCCGCAUUGGGCUCCCCGCAGGGAGCCUGCUUCUUCUCCCUCUGCCUGUGUCUCUGCCUCUCUCUCUCUCUGUGUCUCUCAUGAAUAAGUAAAUAAAAUCUUUUUUUAAAAAAAGUAACACAUUUAGUUUGAAUAUGAAUCAUUACCCUGUUGACCAUCACUCCAUAAGGUUUUAAACUUUUAAUUUUCUAUGGAUAAGUUAACGAUUUGACUCAAAUAUGUGUGUUUAAAUUGAUGGAUAAAAAGGUCUCAGGCUUAUUGUGGUGUUUGUGGACUUAAGAGAACCUGGGAACUCCAUGGAAGGAGGCUUACCUGUGGCCAGGGUUUUACCUUGCAGAGCUUAAACCUCAUGAUGACCCUAGAAACCACUGGAGGUCCCAGGGAGCUUUAGUUAGGGUGUAUUACAUCUGUCAACAUUAAGGCAUUUCAAAAACUAUUCAUUGAAAGAUACAAACCCAUUUCAUCCUAACAAAGCAUAUUUUUAAGAAAAAUAACUUUUCCAAAACAAAAAUAAGUAUGGAGGAGAGUGGCUUUGUUUUACAUUUUUGUACAUCUCUUUAGUGUUGCGAUUGAGGAUGGUUAGGUUCUGCAUUCAAUCUGUUGUCAUGUGUGUGUUUGAAGUUGUCACACAGAUAUGUAAUUGGGAAGGGGAAGAAUAUUUUAUUUUUUUAUUUAAAUUCAGUUAAUUAACACCCAGUGCUCGUGACAUCAUGUGCCCUCCCUCCUCAAUGCCCAAUCACCCAGUUACCCCAGCCCCCAACACCCGUCUCCCUUCCAGUGACCCUCAGUUUGUCUCCUAUGAUUAAGGGUCUUGUAUGGUUUGUUUCCCUCUCUGAUGGAAGGAAGGAAUAUUUCUAAAUCCUCUUUCUAAUCAUUGUUGAUGUUCUUUCUGAGUCUGUACUAAAACAUGACAAAUGAUGGUUCUUUAAUAGUUAAUUGGAGAAAAAGCAAAUGCAUGUAAAAUAGGUGAAGCCCUGUUAAGGUCUGCACCUGAGGUAACAGAAUUACCUGGCUGAUGAGUUCUGUGUCUGUAUAAGAUCUUGUUGGAGGGAGCUGGGUGAACUGUACGUGGAUCUUCCUGUACAAUUUUUGCAACUUCUUGUGAAAUUUAAACCAUUUGAAAAUAAAAGCUAUUUUAAAAAGGAAAAAAA